AUGACAUUUGAAGGUUGGCAUUUGAUGGAUGAUAUUAAACUGGGUAACCAGAAGGCAGCCCAGCCCCAGCCCGGACUGAUGGGGAAAUGCCGUCGACCCCGCACCGCCUUCACCAGCCAGCAGCUCCUGGAGUUGGAGAACCAGUUCAAGCUCAACAAGUACCUGUCCAGGCCAAAGCGCUUCGAGGUGGCCACAUCCCUCAUGCUAACUGAGACCCAGGUGAAGAUUUGGUUCCAGAACCGAAGGAUGAAGUGGAAGCGAAGCCGCAAAGCCAAGGACCAGGCGGCCCAGGAAGCCGAGAAGCAGCGGGGAGCCAAGUACUCGGAGAAGCCAGGAGGGGGCGAGAGCAGGUCGGAGGGGGAGAGCGUAGAUUUCACCAGCAGCCACACCACAAACUUUCUCAAGUGCACCACAGAACUGGGCUACUCAUCCAACAGCUCCUGCUCAGAAGACGAAGUGACUCGGAAAGAAGUGAAGACCUCCCCGGCUUUGUGAACUACAUUUUGUUCGCUGAACUUUCGGGAACAAACUCGCGUUAGCCAAAAAAAAAGAAAAAUCUUUCUUUCCAAAAGGUCUCCAGACGUUUACACUCCUCCGUGAUGCUGGGUCCUAGUUCCCGCCUCGUUUGCUCUCCGGUACUAAAAAAAAGUACCGAGGUUUCGUUAAAAGUUCAACAAACGAUACAAAAACAACUCAGUGACUUCUACAAACACAAAUAACACUGGUCAAGCGAUUGAAAAAAUUAAAAGAGGCAGGCGCGGACUGGCCGGGCACUUCGUUGAAGAUUAUAUUGUACCCAGUUAAUUUAAUUUAUUUUUUAUUUUUUUUCAUAUUUAAUGUGAAUUAUUAUAUAUAUUUUGGGAAGAAAUCUCUGGGUCCAUGAGUGGCUGCUGGUUGGACGAAUCUAAAGGACGAAACAAGUGGGAGUGUAAAAUAAGAAUGAAAGAUACAUUUUAAAAGUGAACAAGAAACAUCUUGGGAGAGGAGAGGCGAUUUCGAAGGCUUUGCAACGUGCUUUUAUUUUAAUUUAUUCGAACACUGUGAGGUUUAAGUGUUUUUGUGGCUCUGUACCUUUCUCCAAUUCGCUUUGCAUUAAGGCAGCGUUCAGUCACACAAAAUAGACUGUCAGAAUGUCAAACAAGCAUGUACAAAGAACCUAUAGCGGAGCAAGAUAGACCACUCCUG